CUUUUUUUUGAAGAUUAUCACUUUCCGCAAGAACUAUACAAUAAAGAUACAGGUGACUUCACAACACCUAUCCGUACACUAUUGGACUUUACACCACACAUUUUGCAACAGCUGCCUAAGGACACAAAGGAUCAAAAACCGAUAAAGUCUGAAGACGAAGAUUUUUAUACCCACUCCAACAAAGCAUCAUCCGGCUGGAAGAGUUAUAUAAAAUCGAUUGCGGCAUCCGAGAGAUCAAAGGCAUUGGCAGAAUUUGUGAUUCGAUGCGGUACGGAAUAUCUCAACGACAGCAGUGAAGAAGAGGAGGAACUAGAAGAGAUGUUGAAAAAAGAGAGGCGUAGAAGGCAAAGAGAUAAAGAAGACAGCUAUGGAACACAAAGAGAAAAGAGGGCAAAGACGCAACAACAACAGCAGCAGCAAGUAGCAACAUCUUCUACAACAUCCACUAUUGCAAAAUCUGCAGCAGCAGCCAGUGUACUGUCUUUGUCCUUGUACUCAACUUACCAAGCCAGCUUAAAAUUCAGUGAAGUUUCGUUCCACAACCAAUUAGAAAUAUUGAUCAACCAAAUACAGUCCAUUGUACAAAGCACUGAAAUUUGGAUCGAGGAGCAUGAGAAGUUGGGAGAUCCUGUUUCAGAUAGAAUACGAAAUGAUGUAGUACAAAUUAAGCAGAUUAUUGAGUACUUGACACGGCUCGAUCCACGAGCAAAUAAAAAAAUGGAAGCGGCAGGCUGGGGAUGUGGAGCCAUCGGAGGAUUAUCAGCGGUCGGCGGAUUUGCCUUGGGUAGUGCAGCGGCAAUGACAGGUGGCGCCGUUUUAGCAUUAGGAGGAGCUGCUGUAAUGAUAUCCUCGAAAGCGUUUCAUAAGAGUCAGUUAGGAGCGAGGUUAUUAUUAGAGAAUCAAGUUCGCGAAAGGGUAUCCAGCUGUCAGAAUUCUUUGAAAGAACGGAAAAAAGUGAUUCGUGAUUAUGCUUUAAACAAGCAUGUUAAAAAAGAGACGUCAACUGAAGACAAAAGCGCGAACCCACCUCAAGCAAAUAGAAGGUUAUUACAUUUUUUUGAAAUUUUCCUUUGA